AUGUUAGGCCACUCGAAUUCGUUCUCUUCUCUCGCCCUCCUUUCUCUAACUUGGCUGUGCCUCGUUAUUCAAUUCGGUAGUGCUACCGAAGAUGCGAAUCACAAACUGGGACAUAAGCUAUACCAAUUAACAAGCCCAGACUCGUCCGAGCACUGUGUUGAUAUUGUCGCAGUUCAUGGGCUCGAUGGGCACUGGAGGAGGUCCUGGACUGCCAAGAACGAGGUCUUUUGGCUUCAGGAUCUCCUACCUUCGGAAAUUCCCUGCGCCCGAAUAUUUUCUUACAGUCAUGACUCGAGAACUCGUGGGAGUGAGACACCGCUUGACUGGGACGUCUCUGACCAUGCGAAAGCGCUUUUGACUGCUUUAAGUACAGAGCGUCGCUUGACUCAGACUGAGAGGACUCCUAUCUUGUUCAUCGGGCAUAGCCUUGGAGGAAUUAUCCUGAAGGCUGCUCUAGUCAAGGCCGAAUUAGCCCGCGUCGGUCACUUGGAGCAUUUUAAAGCUAUCCAACUCUCAACCUAUGCCGUGAUAUUUUUAGGAACACCGCAUCAGGGAGGGGAAGGUAUUCCGCUUGCCCAGGUCCUUCGGCAGAUAUCAUCCAUUGUCAGCUACACUAACAAGAAGAUUCUGAGCAAAAUGGAGCGAAACUCAGAAUGGCUGCAAGAGCUACAAUCAGAUUACAAUGCUAUUAGUCAGGAAUUUGAGACCAUAUUUUUCUACGAAACUAUCAAGAUGGAUGUAGGAAUCAUGAGCUUGCUUAUCGUGCCAAAACACUCGGCAGUUAUAUCAGGAGCAAGAAAUUCAGAAGAAAUCCCCUUGAUUGCGGAUCAUUCAUCCAUGGCAAAAUUUACAACAAGCGAGGACGACGGUUUCCAAACGCUCGUGAACAAACUGCGCAUAUUUGCCAAUGUUUCCAAACCUAAGAUUGAUGACAAUUGGAAGGAUUGGGAGUGGAGGAAUAGUCCAAGAGUACGCCAGAUGCAGCAGCCAAGACUUAACAAAGGCGGCAAGGAGUUCGCCUUGGGUAUAGUCCCAAGUAUCGCACGGAAUCCACAUUUCACUGGACGCGACGAAUUACUGAAAAGCCUCAAUCAAAAGCUCUCAUCGCCAAUGCACAGUACAAGUCUGAAUCUGGUGGUACUCUAUGGAGCAGGCGGAAUGGGCAAGACGCAGAUUGCUACUGAGUAUAUGCAUAGAUAUCAUGCCGACUAUACGUCACUGUUCUGGAUUGAUGGAUCCCGUAACUACACUGCUGCCACCGAUAUACUUGAUUGCAUCGAAACGCUUCAGCGACACUAUGAGAUUCAUGGUCUACGCGAUAGGCCCUGGUACGGCCACAUCAAAGAAACCUUGGCCAAACGUUUUGAGGGUCUGCGGCUGAAGACACAACAGCCUCCUUCCUCUUCUCUAUCAGAUACCAGCGACCAGUCACUACGGAAGAUGUUCCUGACAUGGCUGUCCUCUGAUGGAAAUUGUGGCUGGCUCAUGAUAAUCGACAACGUCGAUGACCUUGAUAGUUUUGACUUUCGAGAUUGGUUCCCACCAACAUUACGUGGUUCCAUUAUCAUAACUUCUCGCAGGAGAGAUCUUGCUCUCCAUUGGAACUCGAUCGAAGUAGACGAAAUGACUAUUGAAGAAUCAAUCGAGCUUUUGAACGAGACUAGCCACGCUGUUCCCGCUAGUCAUGUUGCACAAGAGUGGAAAGGCUCAUUUGAACUAACACCCGAAACAGUCAUUCGCAAGCAAACAAAUAUACUAUCCCUGGGAAUCCACCAAGAAAACUGUCUGGACAACAUGGGAGAUAUCUUACGAAGCAGUCAGAGAAAGGAGCCCUUUGGCCGCUGA